UUUCAGUUUGACUUGACAAAAUAAAAAAAUUACACUAUUCUUUUCAACUGAACUUAUAAUUUGAGAGCAGGGCACGCAACAUUAUUCGGUACAUCUCUCUCCUUGCAGCGACCAUCUGGUCGCGAUGAAUUAAGAACCCCUGGUGGAACACCUGAAUACUUAAUAAACGGAUAAAAUUAACAUUAAUAAAACGCGACUGUGCGGUCGAUCCACAUCUUAUCAAGAGAACAAACGCGGCCGCUAGGCCCACGUGAUAUAUGCCUUACGAGACUUCGGCGAGAAAGGUGAUCUGUCAGUUUUCCACAUCGUUUCUCUACGGUGCGUCGAUGGAUGAUUCAGGAAUCAACGAGGAGAUACCAUUUGUGCUUGAUCGGGUACCCGUGAUGGAGCAAAAUUCGGACGAAUAUCGAGCCGAACCAGCGAAGAAUGAGUCCGAGAACGAGAGUAACGAGGAAGAUUACGCGCGUUCACCAGUAUUGCUCGAUCUGGACGAGAAUUCGAAACAGCAGCAACAGAAAGCUGCGAGUCGAGAAGUGAGUUCACCAAGUUCUGCCGUGAAUCAACAGGAUCAAGGAUUAGUUCCAGAAGAGCCUACGCGUUCACAGUCCGUAAGAGGCAGAUGGCAUGAAGCAAACUACGAGACGCGUGGCCAACAGACUCCCGAAGGAGAGAGAGUGCUCGUGAUCAGAGUACCGGAACCAGAAAUAAUUGGCGGACACUCGCACCUGGAGAUGCUCCACGAAGCUAAUAUCAAAUCGAUGCAACGGGAACCGUCGCAGACUGAGAAAGGUGCGGCAAUGUCGAAUUGCACGUCGCCUGACUACAAGAAGUCGGCGUGCGAUCGCGAGCGCACACGAAUGCGCGACAUGAAUCGCGCAUUCGAGCUGCUCCGGUCGAAGCUACCGAUCUGCAAGCCGCCCGGCAAGAAGCUCUCCAAGAUCGAGUCGUUGCGCCACGCCAUCACAUACAUCAGGCAUCUGCAGAGUCUGCUGGAGCCGCAGUACAGCUACGCCAUGCCCAGCGUGCCCGAUCGACCCGGCGGCUUCUACGCGACCCCUCCACCGGGUCCACCGACGUCCUAUGAAAUGCAGCAUCCAGGUCGAUGGGAAUCUCUGGCUUAUUACCGAUACGAUUAUCACGCGCCUUUCGCUACCCCGUCGCCGCCGACCCUGGUAUCAUCCCUGCAGUCGAGGCUGCCGGUCGACCAGGACGAUCGACAGUUCCCUUACGAAGCGCGCCACCAAUAAUCUCGUCUUUUCCGAAAAAUCGAUCGACCUCUUUUGAGUAUUUUAAAGAAAGUAUCGCUGUUCUAAUGAGCGCAGACAUUUUUCAUCAACGAAGAAACGCUGUAAUUACACUCGCCACAUUCUGGAUUUUAUAUUUUUUUGGUCACAGACUCGGUGUCAUUGACAACAUUUAAUUAACAAAGUCUUUGAACUGUAUCUUUUUUAAGCGCAUACGUAGGCGUUAAUAAUACUCAAAGGGAUAAAGAAAAAAAUUGAAUAAUUAAAAUUAUGCAAAAGAAAUUUUUACUGUUUCGUUAUAUAGGUCUGUUCUUAUUAGCUGUAAGCUUUUUAUUCGUUUUGAAACAAAAUAAUAUAUUCAGGUUGAAAAGAAAAAAAAUAGGAAAAAUAAGAUUGCUGAAAAAAGUGCAAUUAAAAAAGUAGCAAAUCUUAUGAAUUAUGUAAAAAGGAAAAUUUAUACGAGUGCCUUAUUUAUAGAGAUUAAAUCAGUCUGUCUAUUUUUC